AUGCCAGGACGUAUCAGUGUAUCUUUAUAUGAUGAAACAAAAGGCCAAAGGAACGUUGAUGACAAAUCAGAUAAUUAUCAGAUUCUUCGAUAUCCAUGCAGUAGCAGCACACAAGUAUGCACACCAUAUGUUGUUAGAUUGUCACGCGGAAUUUAUAAAAUUGAGCUUUUUGGUGCCUCAGGCGGCUACCCAAACAAUGAUCCCAAUCUUGCAGGUCGCGGUUCAUACACCAGCGGCCACUUAACUGUUUCCCAAGAAAUGACACUGUAUGUAUACCUUGGUCAACAAGGCAAAUUAAACGGUCCUCGCACAUUUAAUGGUGGUGGGCGAGGCUCUAUAAAAGCUGGAUCAAGCGGUGGCUCUACUGAUAUUCGAUUGACCCCAGGCCAGUGGGGUAAUUUUGAAAGCCUUAAGAGCCGAAUCAUGGUUGCAGCAGGUGGCGUUGGAGGUCAUCUACAUGCAUACUUUCACACUGGAACUCAUGGUGGAAAUCUGACAGGAUUUGAUGGGAUUUUAACAUAUGAUCCAAAUUGCUCUCCUCCUGAACAAGUUUCGAAGGCUUUUGGAGCUACCAAAGAACGAGGCGGAAUAAGUGGAAAAAGCAAUACCAUCUCUGGAGAAGACGGAAAGUUCGGAAUUGGUGGAAAUCCUGCUAAUAACCAGAAAUAUCCAUCAGGAGGAAGUGGGGUAGAGAUGCGAGUUUCCGAAUUUUUUUAG